GACUAUUUAAACAGAAAAAACAAAAAAUAUUUAAAUUUUAAAAACAAGACAUUUGGCUGGCCAAUAUUUAAAAAAUAAUUAAAAUAAGUACAUUUUCCUAAUGCUUUAUAAUGGAGAAUGAUGAGGGUAAUGUUAAAACUAAGAUAAUGCAGACACCGGUACAACCUAAGCGAAGGAAAACUUUAGGAAUACGCUAUAGCAGUUUGAAAAGAAUAACAACACCUGGAAGCGAAAUUAGACCGACAACAAAAAAUAUUUUAUCUGAGGUAAUCUCACCUAGAACUCCGUUCUCAGCCCCUGAAAAUAUUCAAAAAGAAAGUAAGAGCACAGGAUGUUUGCCAACAUAUAAGUUAUCACUUGGUCGCAGAAUACUUAAAAAAAAGCGGUUAGAAUUUACAGAAAAUCUCGAAGCUAGCCCAAUAGUGAACGUUAUGAGUUCUGAAAGUCAAAUAAGCGAAAUAUGUGCAUCAGAAAUCAACGAACCAGAAUUUAAAAAAAUUCGCUGUGAUAUUGUUAGUUUAAAUGAAACUGCCCAAGAUAAAAAGCACAAGCAAAAAGUGGAAGAACUACAACAAGCAAUUUCUAUAUGGAAAGAAGGUUUUAAAAAUGCCCUAGAAGACUUAAGUAAGAAAUUAGAUCCACCCAGAGAAAAGGCUGAAAUUUUAGAGUUAUUAAAUAUUCCAUUAGAAAUGAUGAAAUACGCUUAAAUAUAUUCAGCGAACGCUCCUACAUUUAUGUAGUUUAUUAAAAAAAAAGUUACAAAUAAAUUAAAUGAUAAAUUAAUAUUUAUGUGGUCUUAGUGGUUUUUCAGGAUUAAAUAAUUUUGGAUCUU